GCGCCCGGCAGCGGGAUGGAGACCGACGAGCCCGAGAGCCCCCGAGAGCCGCCGUCGCCGCCCCCGCCGCCGUCGCCGCCGUCCCCCGCGCCCCCCGCGCCCCCCGGGUCUCCCCGGCCCGAGCAGCAGCCGUCGGAGGCCUACGCGCGGCAGCUGCUGCUGGAGGAGUGGCGGCCCCCCGGCGGGAGCCUGGAGCUGCCCCCGCGCCUCACCUGGCAGCUGCUGUUCCUGCGGCGGCCGCUCUACCGCAACCUUCUGCGCUCGCCCAACCCCGAAGGCAUCAACAUUUAUGAGCCAGCGCCACCCACUGGUCCCACCCAGCAGCCCCUGGAGACUCUGGGCAACUUCCGCGGAUGGUACAUUAGGACUGAAAAGCUCCAGCAGAACUUCAGCUGGACCGUGAAGCAGCAGUGUGUGGAUCUUCUGGCGGAGGGCCUGUGGGAGGAGCUCCUUGACGAUGAGCAACCAGACAUCACGGUCAUGGACUGGUACGAGGACAGCCGCCUGGACACGUGUGUCUACGAGCUGCACGUCUGGCUGCUGGCAGCCGACCGCCGCACGGUCAUCGCGCAGCACCACGUGGCCCCCCGCGCCUCCGGGAGAGGCGGCCCUGGCCGCUGGGUCCAGGUGUCCCACGUGUUCCGCCAGUAUGGCCCUGGCGUGCGGUUCGUCCACUUCCUGCACAAGACCAAGAACCUGAGGGAGCCUGGUGGGCUGCGGCGGACCAGGGUGACGGACUCCUCUGUGUCCGUGCAGUUCAGGGAGUGACGGGCCGACUCCGGGCCUGUUCUGACCCCUGCUCUCACUUGUCCACUGCCGUGACCCUUUCAUGGUUCCUUAGUGCCUCCUUGAUCUCUUAGCACUUCCCUGGCCCUUUGCGCCUCCCGGGGCCCCUUAGUAUCUAUCUCCCUGUUCCCUCACCACUUUGACCACUUCUAUCUCUUUCACCCCCCUGACCCUUAGAAGUCCCUACCCCUUAGCACCUCCUCGACCCUCCGGCUCUGCCUCAUUCUCUUAGCACCUCCCUGAUGCUCACCACCUGUUCCCUUAAUACCUUCAUGACCCCUCAGCUUCUCUUUGAUCGCUUGCCACCCCCUGGGCCUCUCAUUCCUGCCUGGCCCUCGCUCGCUCGGCUCCGCACCUGACAUCUUCACACACCCUUGAAUGGCUGACUCAUUGGCCUUUCCUCUGCACUGUCUGAGCUCCAUGGAGACUGAGGGUGGCGGCGACUUCUUCCUGAGUUAGCGCUCGACACAUGGCGCUUCAUAAA